AUGGUCGAUCCUGCUUCUUCUCGCUCCAGCAAUCAUGACGUCGCUACAGCCUUGAACGAUACGCCCACUGGCCCCACCGUCACCUCCAACCUUAUUGACGAUACUUCGUUCCAAGCUCCCCACCACACUAUCUCGUCCGAUACCGAGGAACAAGGCGACGAUGACGACGCCAGCACCAACGUAGGCAGCCUCUCGGAACUCCAAGGCGAUAAAGCGUCCGAUUCUAAAGCGAUACAACCCCAACAGAUCCGCGUCACAGACUACGAUGAUGACGACAAUGACGAGGACAACGACGAUGCCCAGACCUUGCAAGCCGGCAGCUCGGGCUACUCGGGGGCCGAUCUCAAGCGCGGCACUUCGUCGAUACGCAAUGACAUCGAAACCUCGCAUCCCUCUGCACCACAUCGACACGCGCUCGAGGACGACCUCGCAGACGAGUACGAGACGCAGGCAUCUCUACUCGGCUCCGCUGGUUUCGUAGACCGUCGCGGCACCGCCUCGCGUCGCUCCACCCGAUCACCCUUCUCUCGCUUCUGGGAGAUUGCUCGCGAGGCGCUUCCCACGCUCAUCAUCAGUCUGCUCUCGCUCAUGUUCUCCGGCGAGCUCCUCGUCCACAUUGCGCGCUGGCCCGUCUUUCGCAAGGUGGACAAGCUCUUCAUCCUUAUCCCCAUCCUGCUCAACAUGAAGGGCAACCUCGAGAUGAAUCUUUCGCUGCGCAUGUCCACGUCGGCCAACAUCGGCGAGCUCGAUGUCAGGCGCACGCGCGAGACGCUUAUCCGAGGAAACAUGGCGCUGCUCCAAGUGCAGGCCAUGAUCGUAUCGAUGUUCGCAGGCGUGCUUGCCUUUGUGCUCGGCGUCGUGACGCCUGAGCCGCAGGUCGAGGCACCCGUGGCACCCAUGCCCACCACACCGCAAGCGCAGACUCCCGAAAAUGCGCUGAUCCACACCAUCGUCAGAAGUGCGUUCUCGGCGGUGACGUUGCGCAACCGCAGGCGGGGCCUGUCGGCGUCGUCGGUCGCGCCAGCAAAGGGAGCCGGCUGGCUUCAACGUCGCCGCAUCAUUCACCACCACCAGCCACCAAAGGACCCAGCACUGCGGCUGCGCAACGGCUACUUUGAAUUUGCCCUCGUCAUCGCCACGGCCGUGCUGUCGGCUUCGCUCUCGUCGCUGAUUCUCGGCUCGUUCAUGUGUGCGCUCGUCGUCAUGGCUCGUCGUGCAGGCGCCAACCCGGACAACAUUGCAUCUCCGCUCGCUGCUUCGCUCGGCGAUCUGACCACGCUCGCGUUGCUCGGACUGCUCGCCAGUGCGCUCGCCCACUUUGAGGGUACCUUCCUCGCCACGGUGAUUCUUGCCGCGAUGGCCCUGGCGUGCAUCGUCUCGUUCAUCGUCACGUACAGGAACGCGUACGUGCGCGAGCUGCUCACGUCGGGAUGGGUGCCGCUCAUCAUGGCCAUGUUCAUCUCGUCCGGCGCCGGCCUGGUGCUCGACAACUUUGUCGGUCGAUACGAGGGCUUUGCGCUGCUCACACCGGUCAUGAUCGGGCUUCCAGGAGCCUGCGCAGCCAUCUUUGCGUCGCGCAUCACCACGGCGCUCCACUCGGGCAAGGGCGCGACGCUGCUCCGUGCCGCAUCCAAGGCAGGCGACAUGGGCGGGGUUCGGGGUGCUCUCGUCACUGCACGCGCCGUGCUCAGCAUCCCACCCAUCGAGGGCUGGCUGGUGCCCAUCAGCCUGCUCAUCAUGGACGUCAGCAUCAAGACCGCCUUCAUCGUUGCCGUUCGAGUGUCGGGGCAGAUGACGUUCGGAUGGACGUUUGGGCUGGCGUUUGUGACGGCGUCGGUGGUAGCCGAUAUGUGUGCGCUGUCUCUGGCCCACGUCAUCUGUCUCGUGCUCUGGAGCCGAGACUACGACCCCGACAUCUACUGUCUUCCCUUUGUCUCGUCUAUCGUGGACGUGAUCGGGCAGAGUCUGCUCGUCACGGCGUUCACCGUGGCAACGGCGCUCGGCGACCACAUCACCGCCGCCGUCAAUGCUGGCGCGGGCCAUGGCGGCGCGUAA